GCUGCUUCCUGCUGCUUCCUGCCUGCUGCUGCCUGCUGCUGCUUGUCGCUGCUUGUCGUUUCGCACACUUAUGCUUGGCCUCUGGGUUUGUGUCUUUCUCUGCUCUUAUGUCGUCGGUCUGCGAGCGACAACUGCUGCCAGAGGCCUUUGCCCGGCCACGAAAAUUGUCCCUCGCAGAGAAAAACUGUGAGUGGCGCAAAGCGGAGCAAGCAAAGUUUGGGCCGUUUGAUGCCCUGGAGCACGAGGCCUCGCGAUUCCGGCUCCCUGGAAACGCCCGAUGGAUGGCGGGAAGAAGUGACCGACGUCGACGCGGUCGGGACAGCUCCGCACACGCGCGUUCAAGGGCCCGAGGUUCCCGCUUCGGUCCUGUGGAAAUAGUCAUUAUUGCGUAAGAUUUCGUUAACGGCCUCGCUCACCUCGUCCUCCAGGUGUCGACCGGUUCCUCCUAUUUUAAUGACAGCAAACGCCGCGGGACUCCGGCGCUUAAGGGCUGCUUCUGGACUCGGCUCUACGCGGGACUAAUCCGCCACCUUUGCCGUGCUCCUCUACGUGCUCCCGCAGACGGCCGGGUCCGAACGGCUACUGUACGUAGGGGCGAUUUCUUGGGCUGCUUCCGAGGAGGCGAACGAACGGCCCUUAUUCGCAAGUUUGAGUUUGCGGAAAAACGGAUGUUGAAGAGCGAUCGAGCGGAAGGAGCUGAGCGCCGCGGGAUCGACAGCCUUUGGAUGGGAAAUUCGAGCGGAGCGAGGAGUCCUACCGGAAAACGUGACGUUAUCACCCGGCAGACCGAUGGCUAAUAUGCAUCUAAACCUGUAAUGUGUAACAGGAUGAAGGUUUUGUAAUGCGGUGCCUUUUUAACCUUAAUGCACCUAAUAGUUAAACGCGUUGACAAAGAAGUGACAUCCGUAGUCUGAACGCGUGGGAGCAGACAGCAGUUUCCGCAAAGGAAUCGAAUCGCAAAACUAGGCCGUGCGCCUAAUCAUUAUGUUUGAAUGGUACAGAAUGUUACCCUGGUAUCUCCGCGUCCUCCAUCUGCGGCACCCGGUGUUCCGGAGCCGGGCAGGAACGUGGGUGCGGAGGAAGCGAGCCGACGGUUUAAGGAGGACGGCGAAGGGCGGUACGACGCUCUCGCGGACCGUCGCCGACCCGGGACCUGACUGCGCGGACCCUCGUGACGCACCGCGAUACGGUUUCUGCGUGGUUACGUGGCUCGGCUGAGAGGAGUCCCCCGCAAACGGCGGAGGGGAAUUCUUGGAGGCCCAUGUCCCUCCUGACCGGUCGCUCGGAUUGAAUUAUGACAUUCGGUCCCAUCGUUGGUAACCAUAGAAACUGCUUUCUGCAGGAGGUCUCUCCACCAGUUGGUGCUCUCGUGAAAGUGAUCAGACACCAGAAAUGGACUCCAAUCUUUGUGUGUGAUCUUGGCAGCAUCCCUCCUGCCCUGCCCUGCCCUCUUCACGCCAUGUCACGCGGGACGCGCGACGGUCCCCAGCAAAGCCCUGGGAUCGAAGGGCUCGUCCGCACCUGCAGCGCCAACGUCCAGAGGAUCGCGCACCGCACGGCCCAGAUGAAGACCGUGAUGAAGCAGCUGGAGAGCCGGACGGUGCAGGAGGACAGUGAGCUGCAGGACAAACUGAUGCAGCUGCAGCAAAAUGCAAACCAUCUGACCAAGGAGACCUGCAAACACAUGAAGGACCUGGUUGCACUGCCACUGCCUGAGUGCCCUUCGCAGCAGGUGGGUGUGUGUGUGUGUGUGUGUGUGUGUGUGUGUUGGCAGAGACCCCCCACCCCUGUUCUCCCUGUCUCCCUCCAGAGGCAGCAAAAGAUCCAGAGGGAACGCCUGCUGAAGGACUUCACAGCUGCUCUCGAGGACCUGCAGGCUGUCCAGCGGCGUGUGUCUCGCCAGGGGGCGGAGUCAGCGGCAAAAGUGCCAGUCGCGUCCCGCCUCUCUGGGGAGCGAGGUGGCCGUGACAACAAAGAGCAGGUGGCACCUGGGUGGGGGGGUCAGGGACAGACCUGUGAGAACCACCUAGGAUCACUGUGCCCCCCCAGCAAACAGGACAGCUUGGGACAACAUGACCAAUCACAGGAGAGCUCCCUCACACAGGAGGACCUAGAGAUGGUCAAGGAGAGACAGGCGAACCUGCUUCAGCUGGAGUCCGACAUCAUGGAUGUGGCUCACAUCUUCAAGGAUCUGACCGUAUUGAUCCAGGACCAGGGCGACAUGCUUGACAGCAUACAGGCUAACGUGGAGAGCACACAGGAGCGGGUGGAGCAGGGUGUGGAGCGGCUCCACCGGGCCACCAGCCGACAGCAAUCGUCCCGGAAGAAGAUGUGCUUCCUGGCCCUCAUGAUGUCGCUGAUGAUGUCACUGACAACGGCGGCCCUCGGCACAGUCUGGGAGAGCAGCGCAUGAGUUGCUCCACCACGGGUUGGGUGUUGGGGGUGCUUCACAGGGACACACUUUGGGAGGGGGGCUACGGGGCCGAGUCUGCAAGGACUCCCCCUUAACCAAGGGAAUAAAUGAAGUGUGUGUGUGUGUGUGUGUGAGACGGAGAUGCUGGGCAACUUUCGCAUCAUCCCUUUCAAUGAUUUCUAUCAAUAAAGAGCAGUAAAAACAUG